ACGGUGUGUCAAGCUUCAAACAUGGCUUCUCGACUGGAAAUCAAUUUCAUCCGAUUAUUGUCCCGCUGUGAGUCCAUAGCGUCGGAGAAACGAGGAGAAACCGAAUGGAGACUAGAGAAGUCGUCACCAACAGAAAAAGCUUUAGCUAAUCAGUUCCUCGCUCCCGGGCGAACACCUACAAUAGCCAACGAGAGGAUGCCUGCCAGUAAAACCGUCCACAUGCAGACGAAGGCCCGCUGUACCGGAGAGAUGAGGGACGAGCUGCUCGGCACGGGGUUGUCAGGGAAAGGCACGUCAGAAACAGACUUGCGGAACCGAAGAGGUCUUCCUCUGGAUGAGCGUCAGUCUGCUGCAGAGCUUGAGGCCGUCCUGCAGCACCACCACAACCUGCAGGAGAAGCUCGCUGAGGACAUGCUCAACCUGGCCCGAAACCUGAAGAACAACACGCUGGCGGCACAGAACAUCAUCAAACAGGAUAACCAGACUCUGGGCCACUCGAUGCGUCAGGCAGACCUGAACUUUGAGAAGCUGAAGACGGAGUCGGAGCGAUUGGAGCAGCACACCAAGAAGUCCGUCAACUGGCUGCUGUGGCUGAUGCUCAUCCUGGUCUCCUUCACAUUUAUCAGCAUGAUCCUCUUCAUCAGAAUCUUCCCCAGACUCCGAUGAUGAGCGUCUACAAUCCUGAACUUUUAGUCCAACAUCCUCCUGUGUUUACAGAGCAGUAACUACAUAGGCCUCAUAGAUCUAUACAGCAUGUCUGUAUGUGUGAUACAGAUCAGUAGGGAUCACAACCAAAACAACUCAGUUUGAUGAACUGAAACAUUUGCACUUUUGAAACUGAAAUUCUUCCUCUUAACGGGAAAGUUUAAAAUGUGGUUUGAAGCAUCAGUAUUCCUUUUUUUUAAACAGGACAGAACGUGAAUCGAGGUGAAGAGCUUCUUGUUGGAGGGCUUUUGGGAGCAGCAACAUAGUCUUAAUACCCAGACAGCAGGGACUUAGCCUUAAUUAAUUUAAUCCCUCAUCAGGUAGGCUGCUAGCCAUUCAGUACAUGUAUGUACUUUCUCACGUAGUGAGACUAAAGUCAAAAUCGGCUUUUGUUAAACUUUUUUUUUCACCAUGUGUACAUCUGAAAGAGGUCAAGAACCGUCCACCAUCUACUGGAUAUUGUCCAUGGGUCCAGCAUUAUAUUGAAUUCAUUGAGUUUAAAAAAUCUGACUUAUAAAUAGCUGUGGAUGUGCUAGAAAAUGACUUUGACUGCCCCUGUUUGAACUUUUAUAAGCACUAUAUAUAUGUUUAAUAAUUGGUUUAUAACACUGUAACUUACCUAGCUAUAAGAAUGUCAUUAAGUGUUAAAAAUAAUUAUAAAUAACAAUUAUAAACAGUUAUAACUUCUCCUAUGAAGACAUAUUUUAUAUUAUCUGUUAAUACACCAUCCUCCAGUUCUGAGUGCCCGCAGGAGGAGUUAUAGUUAUUGGAAAAAUACAUUAAUAAACACUGUUUACAUCUACAUUAUAUGUAGAUUGUGUAAUUAUUAUUUAUUAAAUGUUUAUAUAGUGCUUAUAAAUGCUAAAUGAGGUGAUUCAAGUAAAGUGUUACUGUUUAACUAAAAUCAAACAUUAUUACAAAUUUCCAAACUGAUUUCAAGCAUCACUCUAAUUUUUCAUCUUCUGGUUGAGUUUUGGAAACAUUCAUCGUGCAGACGUGUCGAGCUUCGUGCUGUUAGGUGGUUUUUUUUUUUUUUUUUUUUUUUAGUUCACCAUCUGUCCCACAUCCUCAGUCCUGUUUAAUGUUUCUGAGUCUGUGUGUUUUAGUGGUUGAUUCAGGUGUUAAGAUUUGUUAUGUUGGUGAUGACUGCUGAUGUUAAUGAAGUAAGAAUUUGUUCUCAUUAAACGACUGUAACCCCUUAGAAACAUUCAUAUCAUUUAGAGCGGCAGUUGUGUGUGUGUGUGUGUUUGUGUAUAAGAUAGCAAGAAAGGAAUUCCAGAAAGUAUGAAGACGCUAAAUGAUCUCCUUUUAUCUGUUUUGGUAUAAUAACUGUGGGGACUUGUGUGUGUUGUGGGAGCUGUGUAUGACCUUUUUUCCUCAUAAACUAAAAUACCAAACUGCG